AUGUAUAGUCUCAUAGAAACGUACAAGUUGAAUGGUCAAUUCAGAUGGAUUUCUUCUCAGAUGAACCGUGUGAGAAAUGGCGAACUCUAUCGUUAUAUUGCUGACAACAGUGGAUCUUUUGUGCAACCAGCAUUCUAUGAAGCCUUCGGUUUGACUGUAGUCGAGGCCAUGACUUGUGGUUUGCCAACCUUUGUAACGGUCCAUGGUGGUCCAGCCAAAAUCAUUGUCCAUGGAAAGUCUGGUUUCUACAUUGAUCCUUACCAGGGGUUGCAUGUGGCUCAGCUCCUUGUCAAUUUCUUCGGGAGGUCCAAACCAGAUCCUUCUUACUGGGAAACCAUCUCGAUGGGUGGCCUGAAACUCAUCCAAGAGAAGUAUGCAUGGCAAAUUUACUCGGAUAGGCUAUCGACACUGGCUGGAGUAUACGGAUUCUGGAAGUACGUGUCCAAGCUUGAUCACCUCGAGAUCAGACGAUAUCUCGAAAUGUUUUACGGCCUCAAAUAUCGCAAGUUGGCUGAAGAUGUUCCCCGGGCAGUUGAUGAGUAG